AUGUCGCAAACCCCCGGGAACGAGGGCAUUUGUGCCAUAUUUAUUCAUGCUGGAGCGGGAUUCCACAGCCAUGAGAAUGAGCACAAGCAUUUGAAGGCCUGUGAAAUAGCAGCGCUCAAGGCCAUGGCAUUCUUAAAGAGUGGUGGCACCGCUGUUGACGCCGUCGAAGCAGCCCUGAUGGUGCUUGAAGAUAACCCGAUUACAAAUGCAGGGUUUGGAAGCAACCUGAACGCAAAGGGGGUGGUCGAAGGCGAUGCCUCGAUUGUCGACCAUAAUGGGCUAAGCGGAGCGGUCGGAGCUGUGCCUAACAUCAAGAAUCCGAUCAUGCUUGCUCGGAAGAUUUAUGACAAGUCCAAUGUACAGAUGGGCAUGUCAAGGGUGCCCCCAAACUUCUUGGUCGGAGAAGGUGCCAAGGACUUUGCAUGGGAGCACGGCAUGGUGAUCAUUCCAGAGGAAGCUUUGAUCUCGCCCGUCGCCCUAGAACGUUACGAGGUAUGGGCCGCAGAAGUAAAGGAUUACGAAAAUGAACACCGCGGCGAAGCAAUUGAUCCCUGGAUUCGCCGGCCCAUGACCCCCCUUGACACUCGUCUUGAACGUCUCGAGCGUGCUUCUCAAUCAGGAGCUCAUACUGCCAUCCAUGCAGUGGAUGAGGAAAUUAGAACUCUGCCUGAUCCAAGCGUUUUUGCAGAUGUGAAGGGGCGCCGGCGAGCAUCGCUGGAGCAUCAAACUCAGAAAAAGGCCAAGCUCACAAAUUCACACCUACCUGUGCAGCCUGUCUCAACUUUAUCACCAUCUCGCGAUGGCAGCCCCGAUUCUGCAGAUAGUGAACAAGAUGACGAGGAUACGAUCACGGACACUGUUGGCGCGAUUGCCAUUGACAAGUAUGGAAAUAUUGCAGCAGGGUCUUCUUCUGGUGGCAUUGGCAUGAAGCACCGAGGUCGAAUUGGACCCGCAGCCCUCAUUGGCAUUGGCACACAUGUUAUUCCGCGAGACCUGACUGAUCCGGAUGGAACCACAUGUGCAGUCGUUACAUCUGGGACCGGGGAGCUCAUCGCCUCAACACUGGCGGCGAGCACCUGCGCGCAAAGGAUGUACUACAGUCAGAAGAUGGGCGACAAUGGUGUUUUUACCCCGGUGAUGGAAGAAGAUGCCCUCAAAUCAUGGAUGAAAAGGGAGUUUAACGAACACAGUGCUGUGAGUAACAGCAUUCUCUUUGGGGCCCUCGGAGUGGUCGUCGUGAAGAAAAACAAUUCAGGCAUCGAACUCUACUUUGCUCACAACACCGACUCCUUCGCCAUUGCCUCUAUGUCCAGCAAUUCGAACAAACCGUCUUGUCUAAUGUCGCGAGGCUCCCGCGGAACCAUUGCCCAGGGCGGUUGCCGAAUCAGUUUUCCAGAUUGCUUGCAAUGCACCCUGGACGAAGACUACAACUAUGUUGUAGCGAAACCUCUUUGCUCUGCUGACUUCUGGUCGGUUGGUCCUCAUCAAUGGGCGAGGUGGUUUUCGCCCUCAACCACCUGUAUCUGCUUCAGUCCGCCCUCUCCCCUUUACGUUCUCUGCGUUGCGAUACCCAAUUCCCCGUUGUGUUUCUUGACCUUGCGGCACCAAUGA